AUGGCUCUGCUGGCGCGGAUCCUGGGCGCCGGCGUGCGGCGGGCGCCCGAGCGCGGCGGGCUCCUGGGCUGCGGGGCCCCCCGGCGACCCCGACCCGCGGGCGCCCGGCUGGCGGCGGGGGCGCGGGCCGAGGACAAAGGAGCCGGGCGGCCGCGGGCCGGGGGCCGGGCGGAGGGGCCCCGCAGCCUCGCGGCCAUGCCGGGGCCGCGGACCGUCGCCAACCUGGCGGAGCUCUUCUGCAGGGACGGCUUCAGCCGCAUCCACGAGCUCCAGCAGAAGCACACACAGGAAUAUGGAAAAAUCUUCAAGUCUCACUUUGGUCCUCAGUUUGUAGUAUCUAUUGCAGACCGAGACAUGGUGGCUCAGGUGCUCCGGGCGGAGGGGGCCGCGCCCCAGAGAGCCAACAUGGAGUCCUGGCAGGAGUACCGAAGCUUGCGGGGGAGAGCCACCGGGCUCAUCUCAGCGGAGGGUGAACAGUGGCUCAAGAUGAGAAGUGUAUUGAGACAAAGAAUUCUGAAACCAAAAGAUGUGGCCAUUUUUUCUGAAGAAGUCAACCAAGUUAUUGCGGAUUUAAUUAAAAGAAUCUAUAUCCUCAGGAGCCAGGCAGAAGAUGGAGAAACUGUGACCAAUGUCAAUGACCUUUUCUUCAAAUAUUCAAUGGAAGGAGUGGCCACCAUCCUUUAUGAGAACCGUUUGGGCUGCCUGGAAAACAGCAUCCCGCAGCUGACAGUGGAAUACAUCGAGGCCCUGGAGCUCAUGUUCAGCAUGUUCAAGACCUCCAUGUAUGCGGGCGCCAUCCCCAGAUGGCUCCGCCCGCUCAUCCCAAAACCCUGGCGCGAGUUCUGCAGGUCCUGGGAUGGACUCUUCAAAUUCAGCCAAAUUCAUGUUGACAACAAGUUGAGGGACAUACAGUGCCAAGUGGACCGAGGCGAGAGGGUGAGCGGGGGACUUCUCACAUACCUCUUCCUUAGCCAGGCGCUGACACUGGAGGAGAUCUACGCCAAUGUCACCGAGAUGCUGCUGGCUGGUGUCGACACGACGUCGUUCACGCUGUCCUGGGCGGUGUAUCUCCUGGCGAGGCACCCGGCUGUGCAGCAGAUGGUGUACCAGGAGAUACUCAAGAAUUUGGGAGAAAGGCAUGUUCCAACCGCAGCGGAUGUCCCCAAAGUCCCAUUGGUCAGAGCGCUCCUUAAGGAGACCCUGAGGCUGUUUCCAGUGCUGCCAGGGAAUGGCCGGGUUACCCAAGAAGACCUGGUUAUUGGCGGGUAUCUUAUUCCCAAAGGCACCCAGCUGGCUCUGUGCCACUACGCCACAUCCUACGAGGAUGAGAACUUCCCCCGGGCCAAGGAGUUCUGGCCUGAGCGCUGGCUGCGCAGAGGAGACCUGGACAGAGUAGACAAUUUUGGGUCCAUCCCCUUUGGUUAUGGCGUCCGCAGCUGCAUUGGGCGGAGAAUUGCAGAGCUGGAGAUUCACCUCGUCGUGAUCCAGUUGCUUCAACAUUUUGAGAUCAAAACAUCUUCUCAGACUAAACCUAUUCGUGCAAAAACCCACGGGCUUCUGACGCCAGCGGAGCCCAUCCAUGUGCGUUUUGUCAACAGAAAGUAA